GCAGUCUGCCAGCCACACCUUGUGGAGGACACAGAGAGAGAGUUAAGGAUACACAGGUGAAAUCAGGGACAGAGAAAGGAAGGGAGAGAGAGAAACAGAGAGAGAGAGACAGAGAGAGAGAAGACGCAGAGACGCAGCCAGAAAAGAGAAAGACUCCAACAGAAAGAACCAGAAAGAAUGGAUAAAAAGCUGCAAAAAUAAAAGUCUGCCGCAGUUGGGAGACACCGAGGAGUAUACAGAAGAUCAUGGUGACUUGCAUCAGUCCGUUACUGUUCCUGUCUGUAAUUUUGUUGCCAAGGUUGACAGGUGGCACGCAUGAGGGGACUACUGCCGCUGGUGACAUCAUCAUAGGGGGUAUUUUCCCUUUCCACGAUGAUGUGGAGGAAAACACCACAAUCGUCCCUCCGCAUGUGGCUAAGUGUGUGAGGUUUAAUAAUCAUGCAUUAAACAGUGGCCUGGCUAUGAUCAACACAGUGGAGUUAGUCAACCAGUCUCCCUCCAUGUCCCGGCUUGGCCUGAAGCUGGGCUAUCGCAUCCAAGACUCCUGCUCUGACGUCACCACGGCCCUGAGGGCCAUCGCUGGGCUCCGCAAACAAGGGGAAGCGGCCGGCGGCUCACUCCCGCCCAUCACCUCCAUUGUCGGAGCUUCUUACUCUGAAAUCUCCAUCGCUGUUGCCAGGCAACUGAACCUGGAGCUCAUUCCUCAGAUCAGCUACUCCUCCACCGCCAUCAUCCUAAGUGACAAGAAGCGUUUCCCAGGCUUCCUGCGUACGGUGCCCAGUGACCUGUACCAGACCAAGGCCAUGGUCCGGCUGAUGGUGGACAGUGGCUGGAGCUGGGUGGGCUUGGUCAUUGCCGACAACGACUACGGACGCUCGGCCCUCGACGCCCUUUUGGCUCAGACCUCAGAGAGAGGGAUUUGCGUAGCCUUCAAGGAGACCAUCCCCAACUCGCUGAGCGACCCUAACUACUCCUCAGCUGUGACGAGGGUCGCCAACGUCAUCCUGACAAACCCCCGCGUCAAGGUGGUGGUGGCGUUUGUGAUGGCCCCUCACAUGGAGUUCCUCUUACCGAAGUUGAAGACCCUGGAGGAUAAGCAGGAGGAGUCAGCCUCAGGAGGAAGGGUCUGGCUGGCCAGCGACGGCUGGUCGUCAACUCCCGAAGAUGUGGUGGGAAACCUGGAUCUGGAGAGCAUCGGAAAGGUGGUAGGCUUCAUGUUUAAAAGUAGCAACCUGGAGUCCUACCGCAAGUAUCUGCAGAGACUGAAUGAAACCAAGGAGGAGGAGAGAAGACGUAACCCCUUCCUGGAUGAGUUCCUGGAGAAUGGAGAGCUGGACCUGGAAGAGCUGGGUAAGAAGAGCCAGGCUCAGACGGUGUUCAGCGUGGAGUUGGCUGUGAGGGCUCUGGCCCAGGCCAUGAUCGGAGUCUGCAGCAGCAGGAACUGCACCCAGAAAAGCAUCGAGCCGUGGGAGGUCCGGAGAGCUUUGAAACAGGGCAUGGAAUUUGAGCAGGACGGGGAGACUUAUUUUUUCGACAAGAGUGGAGAAAUCAACCUGGGCUAUGUGGUCACUCUCUGGAAUUCUAAGGAGGGGAAGGUGCAAGUGGGCGACGUUGUGGCAGAGUACCACCUUGUGAACGACAGCUUUACACACACCAUCCUUCCCCGCGCUGCUUACCUCACUGACCUGAAGGAAGUAGUGUCCAGGUGCUCAGAGAGCUGUCUUCCUGGUGAGAGGAAGCAGACAUUUGAAGGACAGCUGCACACCUGCUGUUACAAGUGCAUCAACUGUACUGAGAACACCUACUCCAACAGCACAGACAUGGACCACUGCCCGGCCUGCAACACUGACAGAGAGUGGUCUGAGAAGGGCAGCUCCAGAUGCACCCCUAAAACCCUGGAGUAUUUCUCCUGGGACGAUGGCUUUGCAGUGGUCUUACUAACGCUGGCCGCCCUGGGCAUCCUCCUGUCCCUCCUGGUGGGGGCGCUGUUCCUGCACCAGUGCCAAACCCCCGUGGUGAAGGCGGCGGGAGGGGGGCUGUGCCAGGUCAUCCUGCUGUCUCUGAUUGGUAGUUUCAUCAGUGCUAUGGUGUUCGUGGGUAAGCCCAGCAACCUAACUUGCAAGGUUCGCCAGGUGCUGUUUGGCCUGAGCUUCACGCUGUGCGUCUCCUGCAUCCUGGUCAAGUCGCUGAAGAUCCUGCUGGCGUUCCAGUUCAACCCGGCGCUUGGGCGGGUGUUCCGCCGCCUGUACCAGCCCCUCGUCAUCGUCUGUGGCUGUCUCACCCUGCAGCUCCUAACCUGCCUCCUCUGGCUCCUCCUCCCGAGCAGCCCCCGAGAGAAGCUGACCGUCCAGCCCACCUCAAUACUGGCCGAGUGCCACGAAGGCUCCCACGUGGCGUUCGGCGUGAUGCUGUCCUACAUCGCCGUCCUGGCGCUGGUCUGCUUCUUCUGCGCCUUCAAGGGCCGCAAGCUGCCCCAGAAGUACAACGAGGCCAAGUUCAUCACUUUUGGCAUGCUCCUCUACCUCAUCUCCUGGGCGAUCUUCGUCCCUGUGUACAUCACCACAUCUGGGAAGUACCUGCCGGCAGUGGAGAUGGUGGUCAUCCUCAUCUCCUCCUACGGAAUCAUCUGCUGUCACUUCCUGCCCAAGUGCUACAUCAUCCUGUUCCGGAAGGAGCACAACACCAAGGACGCCUUCAUCCAGGAUGUGCACAAAUACGCCUUCCGGGGCCAGGACACUGUGUCCGUCUCUGAGUGCGAUUUACCGGAGGACAAACCCACGGGUCUUCCUUUCACCAUCGGCCUUCCCCGAUGCUCCUGCCCCGACCACAUGUACCGACCGCACCCCGCCAGGUCCCAGCAGGAAGCCAGGGAUACUUGAACAGGGAUACAUGUCUCAGAAGAUGCACCAGCACCUGAGUUCAUCAGCCAGAGCUUGCUGGUGUUUAAGCCCUGCGAGGGACCAGGGUGUAGGGGAAGACUGAUACAACGGCUGAACCCUCAAGUCUCUACCCUGAGCAUCAAACUACAUGCUACAAGCUACAAACUUCUUAUUCUGCCCAAUGUAUACUGUCUAUUUAUAUGUGUACAGUAAAUAAACAGAAGUAUAUUUGACUAUGUACAACAAUGUAAAUUCCUCUCCUCAAGAGGGUUGGUAUUUGCUUCGGGAGCUAAUACAGUAAAUCCUUUUGAUUCAUAUUGAAAACACAAAAUAUUUUACAUGCUUGAAUAUCUUGAACAUCCUAUGUCAUCUUGAACAUCCUAAGUUGCUGCCACACUGAUGUUAUGAGUAGGGAUGGGCAUAAUUAAUCGACGAUCGAUUAU